UUCUUGACUGCUACCUCUGCCUCCCUUCAAUUGUCAUCUGCCAAGCUUUCUCUUCAAUCACUUUCUUCAUAAUUUCCAUUUCCAAUUUCAGGGCUCUUAAAUGGCAGCCUUUUCAUACCAACACCACCCUUUUCCAAUUGAAUCAAUUUUCUUGCCAAACACCCCGGUCCCUAUUAAGAUGUCUAGCUUUAUGGAAGAAAAUAUCAACACUAGCAAUUUCUCUCAAUUUUAUCCACUUGAACCUAUACAAGAGAUUCCUGUUGAUGUUAGAAUCCAUGAAAGUAGCUGUCUUGACCACGCCUCAAAGGUUGCUUUUAGUGAUAAUAAGCCUUCUCUGGCAAAAAAACAAAGUACAGAGUCCUCAGCAGUGGUGGAUAAGCUUGACAGUGGCGAGCAGGUUACUCAGAAGGUGACUUCCAUUAUUGAGAAGAAGAGGAAGAACAGAAAUGGGGUUUCGGCCAUGACUUGUGCUCAAUCUAAGGAUCCGACAGAAGGGAAAAACAAGAAACAAAAGAAAUGCAAUGGUGCCCUGAAAGAAGGAGAAGAGAAGAAGCCUAAACCUGAAAAGAAAGAUCAGAAGAAAUUUCCUGAAGAGCCUCCAACAGGUUACAUCCAUGUAAGAGCAAGGAGGGGCCAGGCAACAGAUAGUCACAGCCUUGCAGAAAGGGUAAGAAGAGAGAAAAUAAGCCAGAGGCUAAAGAUCUUACAACGACUAGUUCCUGGCUGUGAGAAGGUAGCUGGAAAGGCCCUCAUGUUGGAUGAGAUAAUCAAUUAUGUUCAGUCCCUACAAAAUCAAGUGGAGUUCCUUUCAAUGAAGCUUGCUUCUGUGAAUCCCAUGUUCUAUGACUUUGGAAUGGACCUAGAUGGACUCAUGGCCAGGCCAGAGAGUUUGACUAGCAUGGCAUCAGCACUGCCAUCUGUGGCACAAUGCAGCCCCUCCCAGCUCACAGGUUUUGCUGAUACAACCACCCCCACCGCCUUUACAACAGCAAAUAACUAUCCUAUUCUGAACAAUUCUACAGCUUCAAUUUUACUCCAAAAUGGCCUCACUCAGGAUAUCGCUAGUGUAUUUUGUGAUCAUGUGGAAGACCAAAGACAAAAGUUUCUUAAUCCAUCUGGGUUCAGCAACUUGUGUUUCUUCCAAUAAUGUAAAAAAACAUAGCAGCUGCCCUACAACAAUCGAUAGUGAAGAAAAUCCAAAGUAGUGCCAAAACCGGGGGAAGAAAUAUGCAAGCUUCUUCUUUUCUUGAUCAGCAUCAGUUCCAAAGGAGGGCCCUUGUUCACCCAAAAGUUCUUGCUCCAUGUCGAUUAGAUUAAAGUGAUGUCUGAAGAUGAAUAAAGGGUAGCAAAAUCAAUGGACGAUCGAAGAAGGUGAAGGACAUAUACAACCGACAAAAUAAGACCAGAUCUUUUAUAGAUCCUUAAUCUGCUCCUGUCUAUUAAUUCGAUUCCCCCCAACUCUCUCAUGCAUAGAUUCCAAGAGCUUGUGGUGGUUACGCUAGAGACAUCAGAAAAAAAAAAAUAUAUAUAUAUAUAUAUAAAAUAAACAAUUGUUUGUCAUUAAAGUGAUUCUUGUGGGUUACAUUUAUUCGGUUAUUACAGUUACUUUUACCGUUAUCUCUGUUCCUGUUGCAUUGACAUGACUGGGAUAGGCAUUUAUUGGUGGAAUCUUCUGCGUCGGUGAAUUCCCCCUACCCAUCUAUGUAACCGUUGUGGAAAGGAGCAUCUAUUAAAUACCUUCUUUUUCCUUA